GUUCAGUAUUCACAAAUUCUUAUCAGUAUUUCAACCAUGGCAAGCAAAUAUACACUGAGGAUCAAAAAUCGUGUGAGCGGCACCUGCCCGAGCAAUUGGAUGGGGCCAUCCCACAGCAAACAGACUGACACAGACGGCUGGCACCUGGUGGCUACCCAAAAUCUGGGGCGCUUGAAAUGGGUUUAUAUGGACGAUAGGGAGGAGCGCAAGGCUCACCCCCAAGAUGGUACAACCAGGUUCUUUCUAGAUAUUCCCACGAGUAACGUCAACUCAUGCCCUGCGAAAACGGCAUCUGAAGGCAUCUACAAAGGCGUCCAAUUUCACACCAACACGCAGGUGCGCGACCUCGGCUGCUGGGCCGCUGACCUGAGCUGUAUCUUCUUUGUGACCCCAAUGCUGGUCAUCACAUGGUACAUUACUGGUGCUCAGAUCGACGAAGCAUAUGUGAUCGAGUUAAUCCGCUUUAUGUUCAAGUGCCAGAAUACCGAUAAUGGCGGCUGGCCAACGUAUUUGGAGGAGGAUCCUUCGCCAAUGGGAACCACAUUGGUCUACAUUGCACUGCGGCUCAUGGGGGUUCCGGCUGACGAUAAGCGUCUUCGCAAGGCGCGAGAAUUCUAUCUCAGCCAUGGUGGCGCAGUCUACCUGCCAGGCUGGGCGAAGUUCUGGCUUGCUCUACUGGGUCUAUAUGACUGGGCUGGUACUGAUCCUUACCCGGUAGAGAUGUGGCUCCUGCCGGACUGGGUUCCAGUCAACCCGUGGAACUGGUUUGUUAUUCCGCGCAUGGUCUACCUGCCAAUGUGUUAUCUCUCGUCGAAAAGGUUCACGGUGCCGACAAAUGAUCUGCUGGAUGAAAUCCGGAGGGAGCUAUUCCCAGAGAACUUCUCCUCGGUCGACUUUGCCAAAUAUGAAGGGGUAGUGCGCCCUUCCAAGCGACACCAGCAUAAAAGCUGGAUAAUGCAUAUAUUGAAUUGGCUGCUGACCAAUGUUUGGGGUCCAUUGUUGUGUCCCAGAAGCCUGAAGGAAAAAGCGGAGAAACAAGCCUGGGAGAUCUUACAGCAUGUAGAACAAAGCAGCAACUCGACCGGAAUGAUCAGUGUCGACGCUUGGCUGAACAUGAUUGCCUUUUACUGCACAGAGGGACCAAACUCUCCCGCACUCAAGCGUAUGCAGGAAGCGAGUCUGGAGUAUCUGUGGAUGGGCGCUGAAGGAAUGAAGUCCAUGAGUAUCCACGGAGGACACGCGUGGGAAACGUCCUUCGCGCUGCAGACACUUGUGUAUACAGGGCUUGCGAGUGAUCGCAAUUUCCAAAGCAAUGCUCUGCAAGCCUAUGAUUAUCUCAUACGGCAGCAGCUUGUCGAAGAGUGGGAUGAUCCGCCUUCAUGUCGUCGUCCAAGUCGUCUCGGGGCCUGGUCUUUUACCACCCGCUACCAUGGCGGCCCCUGCUCCGAUUGUACGGCAGAGGCCUUGAAAGCCAUCCUCAUGGUGGAAGGUGAAUUGGGUCUCCGACGUAUGAGUGAGAAGAAUCUGUUCCUUGCAGUGGACAAUCUUCUCAUGAUCCAGAAUGCCAGUGGGGGCUAUAGCAGCUUCGAACCCAUCGCAGCAGGUGCUUGGUUAGAGUACUUCAACGGGACGGAAAUGUUCGGACAAGUGAUGACAGAACAUGACUAUGUAGAAUGUACGGGGUCAUGUGUUACGACGCUGGCGCUUUUUAGGGCUCGAAACGGUGAGUAUCGGCGCAAGGAGGUUGACACUGCAAUUGAACGGGGGGUGAGAUACGUGGAGAAUAGUCAGCGGUAUGAUGGAGGUUGGAUGGCCUCUUGGGGGGUAACAUUUACAUAUGGUGCUUUCUUCGCAAUGGAAGCCCUGUACUGCGGAGGGCGAACUUACGAAAACUCAUCUGUGGCCCGAGCUGGCUGUCACUUCCUACUGAACAGGCAGGAGUUCGACGGAGGAUGGGGAGAGACAAUAGACUCUCGCUUGCUCGGUACAUAUACACGGGCACCUAAGUCACACACUACGCAGACCGCAUGGUCUUGUCUCGCAUUGAUGUACGCCGAGUAUCCUGAUCCUGAGCCCAUCAGACGAGGCAUUCAACUUAUUAUGAGGCGACAAAAGCCCAAUGGAGAAUGGGAACAAGAGUAUCCUGUCGGCAGUGGAGUCGUCACAUGUCACAUUCAAUACCAUAACUACAUAUAUUCUUUCCCUAUCCGGGCUUUGGCGAUGUAUGAGAAGCUGUAUGGAAAGCCAUCUCUCAUAUAAGAAUAUUGC